GAAAACCAAACAAAGCAGAGAGGACUGCAGGGAGACUAGAUUUCAGCCAUGGCAACCCUGAAGGAAAUCCUAACGCGCCGCCCAGUCGCGGCGACGAUCCGCCUCACCGUCCCGGCGGGCGGGGCCCGACCCGCACCUCCGGUGGGUCCGGCUCUAGGUCAAUACCGCCUGAACCUGAUGGCCUUCUGCAAAGACUUCAACGCCCGAACGCAGAAGUACAAACCCGACACUCCCAUGGCGGUGACCAUCACGGCGUUCAAGGACAACACUUUCGAGUUCACCGUCAAGUCGCCGUCGGUGACGUGGUAUUUGAAGAAGGCGGCGGGGAUUGAGUCCGGGAGCGGCCGGCCGGGGCACGCGGUGGCGUCGACGCUGUCGGUGAGGCACGUGUAUGAGAUUGCGAAGGUGAAGCAGUCGGAUCCGUACUGCCAGUAUAUGCCGUUGGAGUCGAUUUGCAAGUCGAUUAUUGGGACGGCGAACACCAUGGGGAUUCAGGUGGUGAAGGACUUGCAGUGAUGAUUUUGGAGGCCGGAAUUGCAAUCGGAAACCCUAGGUUUGUGUUGCUCGUUUCUUGGUUUGAAGAAAAAGAUUGUGUCUUUGUAAUAACUGAAUAGCUUAGCUUUGUUGCUGUGACAGUUGUAGUUUUUUGGAUUUGAAUGAGGAAAUGAGGAUGGAUUUGAUUUUCACUUUAA